GGUUUGCCUCCCACACAAGGGUAAAAGCGGAACGCUAAAACCUCACCCCCUCCGCUUGGAAGUUCCAUCGCCGCCGCCUCCAUCGCUACACACCACGACGCAGCGCCCGAUUCCGCCGGCCAGCAACGAUGCAGAGCUCCCUCGCCCGGCCGCCGGUACUGGCCGGAUGCGGCGAGAGACGGGGCCUGGCAGCCGUGGCACGGUGCCGCGCUGAGGCGGCGGCGCCCGUGUGGACGGCGUCCAGGGCGUCUGCGGGGCCGUACACCGGGAGGGACCCGGAGGUGAAGAAGCCCGCGUGGCUGCGGCAGCGCGCUGCGCAGGGGGAGAAGUACGCUCGCCUGCGGGAGUCCAUCGGCGAGCUCAAGCUCAACACCGUCUGCGUCGAGGCACAGUGCCCCAACAUCGGCGAGUGUUGGAACGGAGGUGGAGGGGCCGGCGGCGAAGGGGACGGCAUCGCGACGGCCACCAUCAUGGUGCUUGGUGACACCUGCACGCGCGGGUGUCGAUUCUGCGCUGUGAAGACCAGCAACAAACCGCCGCCGCCUGAUCCCCUGGAGCCUCUGAACACGGCUUUGGCUGUUGCAAGCUGGGGUGUAGAUUAUGUUGUGCUAACCAGUGUCGAUAGAGAUGACUUACCUGAUGGUGGAAGUAGCCAUUUUGCUCAGACAGUGAAAGCUUUAAAGGAGCUCAAACCUGGAAUACUGGUAGAGUGCUUAACCUCGGAUUUUCGAGGUGACCUGGAGGCUAUCUCAUCUUUGGCAAACUCUGGCCUAGAUGUUUAUGCACACAACAUUGAAACUGUGAGGAGUCUACAGAGGGUUGUGAGGGAUCCCCGGGCAGGGUAUGAUCAGAGCUUAGCAGUUCUCAAGCAUGCAAAAGGUUCCAGGGAGGACAUGAUUACAAAGUCUUCUAUCAUGCUUGGUCUUGGAGAGACUGAUGAAGAGGUGAAACAAGCCAUGAUGGAUCUACGGGCAAUUGGUGUUGACAUCCUUACUUUGGGACAGUACUUGCAGCCAUCAGAAAGACAUCUAACAGUAAGAGAGUAUGUGACUCCCCAAAAGUUCCAAUUUUGGAAGGAGUAUGGAGAAUCGGUGGGUUUCCGAUAUGUUGCUAGCGGACCCUUGGUUCGGUCUUCCUACCGUGCAGGAGAGCUAUUUAUCCAAAAUUUAGUCAGAAAUAACAAAACUGAGUCGUCCAUGGAUCCGUACGCAGAAAUAACAAAAUCUAACUAAAUAUCUUGUGCCAGAGCAAUCCAUGGGAUCAGUACACACUGUUUGUUAAGAGCAGCAAACAAGAGUAGAACAGCAUAAUCAUCUGGUUCUUCCGAAAGCUGAGGCCCAGCUCCUUGUCCCUUUUCUUUUCAGAUAGUAUGCGCAUCUUUGCUCUCUGCGACUCUGCCGUUGUUGCCCCUGUUGAAUAGAGAAAAAACGAGGAUGCCGAUUCUUUUUCUGUAUACACGAUAACACGAAAAGCUGUUCAAGUGUAGUAGCAUGUACGAAACUGUCUCCAUGUUUUGGACGAUUACACAUUGCUUUGUUCAUCAUGAUAAAGAGAGAAAGAAAACGAAGAAAGCUGGAGAAAGGGG